AUGUUGGAGCACUGUCCACUACACCACCGAUAUUUAUUACACUAUUAACACAUUGCUCUGUCAGUUAAGCUACAGGAACUUCUGUUAGUUUUGCUUCUGAAACAUUGCAUAUGAAAAAUAUGCUUGGGUCAAGAUGGCAACAUUUCAGCAAAUUACUGAUAAUUAAAGUCAAGUUGUUCCAUGUUUUUCCUGGUAAUAUGAGGUCUAAGGAGAACCAGCAAUGGGAGUAUUUCAUAUCUUAUCAGCUUAUAUUAACCAGACCUCUCUUGAAUAACUUACAUUCUUAAACAUUCAUCACCUAAGCGGUUAAAGCAAUGCCUCUCUUUUAAAAGCCAAAUUAAAUUAUCUCACACAAGUCUCUGUGAGGAAGAAAUCUCAUUUUAGUGAGAAACUAAUGCUCUGUAGGUGCAUGUUAAUGGAUAUUCAGUUGGCUCAUAUACAGCCUCAUAACAGAUCCGUCUACCUGUGAAUGUGUUUAUCUCACACCAGGGUUAUCACUUGGCUUUCAGCGUUUAAUGUGGAUAGAAGAUACAUCCAUCCAUCUCCCUCACCUCUGGCUUACUUUGUGAUGUAACUUCCUAUGAUGAUAUAAAACCAAAAUGAGUCAUGAUAGAAAGUACAACUUAAACAGUUUAAUCUGUUAAGUUUCUGUUUUCAGACAAUACACCCUGAGUCAGUGAAUAGAUAUAGUGUACAGCUCAUAGUUAAAUACUUUCUUUAUCAGUUCACCCAGGUGGAAACAUAGCCUACUUGGUCAGAUGUCAGACAGACAUUUGAAAAAUUGCUGUAUGCUGACAAAUAAGGCCAAAUGGAAUUGGUUGGACCUGCAUCAAAAUGCAAAGUAAGAUCAAACUACUGACUGUUGUGAUGAGCAACAGGAUUAUCAUCUGCCUCCACAUUCCUGCAUUCCUCUGCUUUCUAUCAUCAUCUGAGCUGGACUGAGGCCCACAGCGAGGGCGAGCAGAGCUGAACAACUGAGCAGACCACAAGGAACACAAAUGAAAGUCUUAAUAAAAAACAGUAGAGUAAAUGACAUAGCAGUAAAUGACAGAAAAACGAAGAUAAUAAAAUGGAAACAAAUCAAACAUCUUAUGAGCAGCAGAUGUCACUUUUUUUUCUACUAAUUUUUAUGUUAAUCUAUCCAGAAUAGUUCAGAUUUUUGGGAACCUUUUAAUAUUACACUGGAAUGCGGAAUAGUUUAAUAAAAAAUAUUUUUGCCAUCAUUUGCCAAACCUUCAUGAUUUUCUUCCACAGAACACAAUUGGAUCAGCUCAACCUUAGGCAAUGCUGGAAAAAAGCUAUGCCAACAAUCCUAAAAAAAUCUGGAUUUGAGUAUUUGAUGAAUGCUUUAGUUCAUAAAUCUUUAAUAAUAUUGACUUUUGAUUGCAGACUUGGCAAACCUGUGCGUAGUUUGUGACAUAUUGAGAUCUUUUCUGAAAGACAUUUGUAAGAUAUCCGUGUCUUUGUCUCUGGAGAAAUAUCUGAGAUGCAGGAGGCUUUCGUUUGCUCUUCAUUCAAUCUCAUUUAUGUUUAGGAGAAAUAACUGAGGUAGGCUAUUAAACAAAUAUCAUCUGUAAUUUUUCUUUCUUAUAAAAGAUAGCAUACAUUUGAAACAGCAUACGAUUUUGGGUGCACUAUCUAUCCCUUCAAGUAUUUAAAAAGCAGGUAUUAAAUCAUUCAUUCGGAGAAAGAAAGGCAGAUCAAACAGAAAACGUGUCAAGAGGUGUCAAAUAUAAGAAAUAUCCUGGCACUAGGAGCAGGUGGCAAGAUUUCCAUAAAUGGAUCACCAGUUUUCGUCUCCACUUUCAAAGAAAUGUUCCUUCAGAGUUUCGUCUAUUGUGUCAUGACAUCAUCUGACAUAAAUUGAUAACCUAGGUGUGCUCACGCGGCGGUGCGCAGAUAUAUCAGCCUAUGACAUCGAAAUUCCGCGAGAGCGAUUCGUAAGCACAGCUCUCGCGGUACUUCAAUGUCAUAACCUGCUCAAGUCCGACACCUAUUACUUUUGACACUACACCACGCCUUCUAGUGGCGGGGCCUUCUGACGUAAUUGUUAUUGAAAGCACUAGACCCCGCCCACAACCGGGAAAACGGCUCUAACACAAAUCAGUCCGUGCUUGGGAAGCAGUACUGCGCCUUCACCGGCCGCUUACUCCUGCAUCUAGUGUCACGCGCGUGUGAAACCGCCCGUGGGAAUAUAGGCUACGCCGCGAAAAUGUCACGGCACCAUCAGCGGACGCCGCUGAAAAACGAAGACAGUGUGGUGGAGGUGAAGAGCAAAUUUGAGGCAGAGUACCGAAGGUUUGCUCUGAAGAAAAACGGAGCCGGAGGCUUCCAGGAAUUCUACCAGCUCCUGCAGACCAUUCAUCGGAUCCCCGGAGUGGACGUGCUGCUGGGCUAUGCCGACAUACAUGGAGAUCUACUUCCUAUCAACAACGAUGACAACUUCCACAAAGCACUGUCCUCAGCCAAUCCGCUGCUUCGGAUUAUUAUUCAAAGGAGAGAUGAAGAUGACCCCACACCCUUCCCCACCGGGUCGCUCCAAAGAAGAAAAAAGGGCUUAGCAGGUCUGCGUCAAGCACAGCAAAAAUCCAAACCGGCACUGCUCAUCGGCCUUCCGCAGGAUUUCCGACAGAUCUCAUCUAUCAUAGACGUGGACAUCUUGCCUGAGACGCAUCUCCGUGUCCGUUUACACAAGCACGGCACCCACAAACCUCUUGGCUUUUACAUUCGUGAUGGCAUCAGCGUCCGCAUCACUCCCCAAGGCGUAGAAAAAGUUCCCGGCGUCUUCAUCUCACGCCUUGUAAAGGGUGGACUGGCGGAAAGCACGGGACUGCUUGGAGUGAACGAUGAGAUUCUGGAGGUUAACGGCAUUGAUGUGGCGGGGAAGUCGCUGGAUCAAGUCACAGACAUGAUGGUCGCCAACAGCCACAAUCUGAUUGUGACGGUCAAACCCGCCAAUCAGCGCAACAACGCGAUGCAUCGUGCGAGCAAAACCUCGGCAGGCAACAGUUCAGUUGGCUCGGUUGGCUCCGCCCUUUCUCAUGACUCCGCCCCCAGUCCCGCCUCACAGAACGCUAGCCAAUACAGCAACAGCGUGGCUGAGGGAGAUAGCGAUGACGAUACAGAUCUCAUCAUAGAGAACGACAACCUGCCUUCGUACACGCCACACCGCAUUACUAAUGGCAACGGCGUCCAAUCAGGGGGGUUCGCACACAGGCCAAUCCCACAAAGUGUUUCCUUGCCCAGUAGCAGCUCUUUAUCAGACAGCAAGGCUUCUUUAAGCUCCCUGACCACACCGACACACAACGGCAGCCCGACCAAGAUGAGCAGCAGUCAGGAAAGCAUGCGAGAGGAUGGGAACUUCAUUACGUUAUGAAGAGUAGGACGCAGUAUGGCGACUUUAUGCACAUUUACAAAAAUGAAGGAACUUUCUAUUAUUAUUAUUAUUUGCCAUUACUGUCAUGAAACGACAUACUGUUCAUAACCCGGUGUACAAUUUAGCCGGCGUGUGAUGACGCAUGUGACGCUCACCUUAUGGAAGUGCCUUAUGGCUCUCCACUUUUCUCGCCUUAGUGUAUGUUUGAACGACCAUAUUCCCCCAGACUCAACGACGGACUCAACAACGGACAAGUCGGUCAGCUCACAAUGACUGUGAAUAUAAUGCGCUAGAUACUACUGGAUGCCUGAUCUCUGAGGAUGUAAGGGGAUGACAUCACCUCUGGGAAAGUGAUUUGUCUCUUACUGUAGAUUCAUCUCAUUUUUUAUGAUCCCUCUUGCGUUGAUGGUAAUAAUGAUGGAUGAAGACGAUAAUGGUGAAAGUACAGAGUGUUGGUUGGGGUAGGUUGCUCAUAUCACCUCAUACUGAUAUAAUAACCAUGUUACUCAAGAUGGCCUCCAAAAAUCUGUUCUACGCAAUGAUACGAAAGUGGUGUCAAACUUUCCAUCUGCACAACAUAAGACAGACACAGAAAGUGUUGCAUUUGUGAAUCGGCCCUACAAAUAUGACAAAACCGAUACAACGAUUAUUUAUUUUUACCUCUCAGCUUAUCUGGUAACAGUGCACAUUUUUAUUUCCAUUUACAUCGUUCUGAUUUCUAAAAAUUUGUUUUUUCAUAUGUAUGGAUAAUUUAAAAUAUUUAUAUUGAUCUGUAACUUUGUUCCCAUCUUCUGUUGCAUUUUGUCAAAUGUUUUUAAUCUUGAAACAGCUUUGAACACAUUUACUCUUCUUAAGCGCUCUUAAAAAAUGGUGCUAAAAAGUACUAAAAGCUUAUAAUCAUACUGAAAACAUUUUUAGCACUGUUUAACCCUUUGUAGAACCAUAAGUGGUGCUAAAGCAUGACUAUAGCACCACUUAUGGUUCAACAUAGCACAAUAUGGUUCUACACAGAUGCUGUUUAAGAUGGUUCCCCUAUGAUUACGAGUUUUGGUGCUAUUAAGCACCAUUUUUGUUAAAGUGGUUCAAUCCAUAUCUUCUGUUCUUAUCUUAUAGGUCAGUCCUCUUUAAUCCAUUCUCCCCUCCAGAAAAAUAGGAGUCAAUAUAUUUAACUGGCACCAGUUUGUCGCAACUUCAGAAAAACUCGAUCUUUUAAAGACUUGCUCUGUCAGUUUCUCCUGUGUGCGAUCUGUUUUUCUGUAAGAGAAAGGAAAUUCCUUUCAUGUUUGGAAAGGCCAGAAUUCUGCACUUUGGGACCUUUUUACACAGUUCAUGCCUGAUGGCAAAAGCUGUGAGGCUUUCUUUGCCAUGGUGUGUCGUAUUUUUAAAGUAUAAUCUUACAGUAAUGGCACUGAGGUAGAUAUUGUCAGACUUGGAGCUAAAUAUUGGUUUCUUUUAUGUCUAACAGACCUGAGCACUGAACAGCCAAUGGUUUCCCAGGUGAAUGCUUGUUUAGAUACCUGCCUCAGGACUUCCAGGGCUUCAAAGGCUGUCUGUCAAACCAUGCGCUAUAGACAGAGGCUAUUUUAAUUUUUUGUUACGAUAUCCUUGUGAGGCAAAACUAUAUCUAGGGAUAAAUCGAGUGAAUGUGCUAAUAAUAUAUUUAUUUAGGUUUUGAUAGACAUGCCAAGUUGUAUAUAUUUGGUUUGAAGCAGGCGUCAGUGAAAGUGGAUUUUUCCAUGUCAUUGGAUGGGCGUGAUGGUAGAAGGUGUGGGCUCAUCUGCGUUAUCUGGUUUAACUUGAUCAGCAUAACAAAUGAGGUGUAAUUUUACAGCAAAGCUGACAUCACUAAGGUAGCCUUGAGUGUAAAAAACAACAUAAUUUAUGUGAACCGGUCUAGACAUAACAUCUGCACAACUGACACCCUUUGACUCAUAGGAACUUUGUUAUGAGCAAUCAAUGAAAAGUAAUAAUGGAGGGUGAUUUGAAACCUAAAGAAAGUGAUUUUUGGUGAAAAGUGAGUUCAGUACAAUCCUGAAUUAAGUUUUAUUGUUGAUUUCUGAGUAAACUUCUAGGUCUGGAUUUUUUCCCUCAUCUAAACAAUGUUUCGAACACACAGAACAGCACAUAAUCGGAGCACUAAUAAUACCACAUAAGCAUUAUUUUUUGUGUAUGUAAAUGUAUAUGUAUAAAUAGAAAUAUUAAAUAAUGGAGACUUUUGUAUACUAGGAGCCCUUUUUAUAAAAAGAGCAUUUUAUAUAUGUGUAAAAUAUGGAAAGUAUUUUUCUUAUUCUUGUACUUUUGUAUGUAUAUUAGAAUUCUGGAGAGGAGGUUUCUAUUUCUUAUCAGUAUCAUGAACAAAAGAAAUCUUUAGAAGCUUGUGUUUUUAUUUUAAUCUGAUGGGUCAAGGUGUACAAUACUGUGAAUGAUAUAUGAUGAUUAUAAAAUGUUCUAUCAAGAUAAUAAAAGUAUUUAAAAUGAA